UCUGCCCUGUUGGGCCUGGACCAGGGGCCCAGGCUGCUCUGAGCCCCUGGGGCCCCUUCUCUGUGGCUGGACAUUGGCCUGACCCCCACCACUCCAGAGGGCUCCUUCCUUAGCCGGAGGAGGGUCGCACCACCCGGCCUGCUCACUGGCCAUGGGUGGCUGCAGGAGCUGGGAGCUGCCCUGAGAAGGUGGCCAGGGGCCUGCGAAGUUUCAGGAAAGGAGCUGUGGGGUGGUAUCUGUUCCUCCCAAACCCCCACCCCCGCCACACCCCAGACCUCUUGUGGCCCCAACCCCGGGUUAGACCUGGGACCUGGCGCUCACUCUAACACUCAGGUUCAAGUAAGCCCCCCAGCCCCCCAGAGGGUCGAGAGGACUAACAGGAUGAUCCCGGCUCCGUGCUGUGUAUCUGCUGACCUUGCUGUGUGCCAGGCACCAUGUGUCCGUGCCAGGCCAGGCUGCCGUGUCCUGGGAGGACACAGUCUGGCUGGCAGUGGGGGUGGGGCAGACCAGAAACGUAGCCUCCAGGAGGUCAGGGGCAGGGCCGAGGGCAGACCUUGCUGUGCCUGCUCCCAGUGGGGUGGCGGCCGUCACACUCGGAGCCCUGUCCUUCCUUUAUCCAUUCAUAGAUGUUGACCUGGCACCUACUAGUGCCCAGCACUGCUGGUAGGGACUGGGCUCUGGCCCAGAACUGGCCACAGGCUCAGAGGAGGGUAAAGGUUUGCUCAGGAGCGGGGUGGCGCGCCGGAGGGAGGGCACGGCCUCUGCACCCUUACAUGUGCCAGCCCCCAAAGGGAUCAUGUGGAUGAGGCUUCCCUCUGGGCUCCCCUGCCCGCCUCCCACUGUCUACCCAGCCCUGCCCUCCUGCUGACAGGCCUGAUCCCCGGCUCUGAGCUGCCCUUGAUCCCUUGAUCCUCCUCAGGCCCUGGGAGGCCCCAGACGACCUGCCCAAGGGCCUGGGCUGUCCUGGAGCUGAGACUGCCAGAGCUUCCAGCCCACCACUCUGGGGAGGGGAGAGGCAGGGGACCGCUGGGGCCAGGGCGCCUCCCUGGACCAACAGCCAAGGUGAGGCGAGGGCCAGCCAGGAGGGAAGCCCGGAGCUCCGCGAUGCUGGCCUCCACCACAGAGGGCCAGCCUGUGGCCCUGAGCUUGGCAGAGAAGGCUGUGUGCAAAGUGGUGUAUGGCGCCCCGCGCCCCCGCCCACUGCUGCUGCCCGUGGGUCUGGAGCUGUGGCUGUACGUGCAGAAGAUGCGCAACCUGCAGAGGAGGAGGAUGGAGGCCUCGUGCCUGGAGCUGGCCCUGGAGGGUGAACGUCUCUGCAAGGCCGGGGACUUCAAGGCAGGCGUGGCCUUCUUCGAGGCCGCCGUGCAGGUGGGCACCGAGGACCUGAAGACUCUGAGCGCCAUCUACAGCCAGCUAGGCAACGCCUACUUCUACCUGAAGGAGUACGCCCGGGCACUGGACUACCACCGGCACGACCUGCUGCUGGCCCGGACCAUCGGUGACCGCAUGGGGGAGGCCAAGGCCAGCGGGAACCUGGGCAACACGCUCAAGGUCCUGGGCCGCUUUGACGAGGCUGUCGUCUGCUGCCAGCGGCACCUGGACAUCGCCCAGGAGCAGGGGGACAAGGUCGGGGAGGCGAGGGCACUCUACAACAUCGGCAACGUGUACCAUGCCAAGGGCAAGCAGCUGUCCUGGAACGCUGCACAGGACCCUGGGCACCUGCCGCCUGAUGUUCGUGAGACACUGCGCAGGGCCUCCGAGUUCUACGAGAGGAACCUGUCCCUGGUGAAGGAGCUGGGGGACCGGGCGGCCCAGGGCAGGGCCUACGGCAACCUGGGCAACACCCACUACCUGCUGGGGAGCUUCGUGGAGGCCACGACCUUCCACAAGGAGCGCCUGGCCAUUGCUAAGGAAUUUGGAGACAAGGCGGCCGAGAGGAGAGCCUACAGCAACCUGGGGAACGCCCACAUCUUCCUGGGGCGCUUCGAUGUGGCCGCUGAGUACUACAAGAAGACGCUGCAGCUGUCGCGGCAGCUCCAGGACCAGGCGGUGGAGGCGCAGGCCUGCUACAGCCUUGGCAACACCUACACGCUGCUACAGGACUACGAGCGGGCCGCCGAGUACCACCUGCGGCACCUGCUCAUCGCGCAGGAGCUGGCUGACAGAGUGGGCGAAGGCCGGGCAUGCUGGAGUCUGGGGAAUGCCUACGUGUCCAUGGGGAGCCCAGCGCAGGCCCUGACAUUUGCCAAGAAGCACCUGGAGAUCUCCCAGGAGAUCGGGGACCGCAACGGGGAGCUCACGGCCCGCAUGAAUGUGGCACAGCUGCAGCUGGCGCUGGGCCGGCUGACCAGCCCGGCGGCCGCGGAGAAGCCUGACCUGGCUGGCUACGAGGCCCAGGGGGCCAGGCCCAAGAGGACGCAGAGGCUGAGUGCGGAGACCUGGGACCUGCUGAGGCUCCCCCUGGAGAGGGAGCAGAAUGGAGACAGCCACCAUUCAGGGGACUGGCGGGGGCCGGGCAGGGACCUGCUCCCCCUCCCUGUGAGGAGCAGGAAGUACCAGGAAGGGCCAGACACCGCUGAGAGGAGGCCGCGGGAGGGCGGCCACUCCCCACUGGACAGCGCGGACGUCCGGGUGCAGGUGCCUCGCACGAGCAUCCCUCGGGCCCCGUCCGCUGACGAGGAGUGCUUCUUUGAUCUGCUGAGCAAGUUCCAGAGCAGCCGCAUGGACGACCAGCGCUGCCCCCUGGAGGAGGGCCAGCCCGGGGCCGCCGAGGCCACGGCCGCCCCCAACUUGGAGGAGAGGAUCGCCCAGCCCUCGCUGACAGCCUCCCCCCAGACCGAAGAGUUCUUCGACCUCAUCGCCAGCUCGCAGAGCCGCCGGCUGGAUGACCAGCGGGCCAGCGUGGGCAGCCUGCCCGGACUGCGUAUCACGCACAACAACCUGGGGCACCUGCGCAGUGACGGGGACCCCCAGGAGCCAGGGGAUGACUUCUUCAACAUGCUCAUCAAGUGCCAGUCCUCCAGGAUUGACGACCAGCGCUGCCCACCACCCGACGUGCUGCCCCGCGGCCCCACCAUGCCCGACGAGGACUUCUUCAGCCUCAUCCAGAGGGUGCAGGCCAAGCGGAUGGACGAGCAGCGGGUGGACCUCGCUGGGAGCCCGGAACAGGAUGUGGGCGGGCCGCCUGAGCCCCGACAACAGUGCCAGCCGGGCGCCAGCUAAGGCCUCACGCCCACCAGCCAGGCCCGCCCCACCCCCACUCCUGGACGCCGGGUUGGGGGCUCACAGCUGUCCAGGAUGCCCAUGGCCCCCCGAGAAGCCAAAUCCUCCCGGGGCCAUGGCUAAGGGCAGGCUGUGAGCCCACUGAGCCGGACACUGGGCACACAGCCCACAUGGCGUCCCCUCCCCAGGGCGGCAGGCUCGGGCAGCUGUGGGGAAGGGCAUGCUUUGGCCCGGGCCGGCCCCCACAUGGUACACGGCUUCCUGCAGGCCGGCCCGGCCCAGCCUUGCCCUCACCCUGGCCCCUGCCCCUGGCUGGGCCUUCAGCAUGUCGGCCCCAAACCCCGGUGCUGUCUAGACCCUCCGUGUCCUCUCCCUGACCCUGCCCAGCUCCGUCCUGCUGGCCAAAUGUGAAACCCUGCCCCUCCCCCAAGCCCCCAAAGCUGUCUCUGAGGCCUCUUCUCUGGGCCAUUUCUGUCCUCCCAAGGCUGGUCCCAGGGAUGCCCGUACACAGACAUGCUUGCCACAGUCCAGGCCUCUCCCCUCCGGGGGGGCGCCCUCUAGCCCCUCUUCCCUCCCUCCUACCCGGCAGGAGGAGGAGGAGGAGGAAGAGGAGGAGGAGGGCAGGCACGGAGAGCCCCGAGGCAGGCCCGGUGCCCCCGACCCUGACGCUUCAGGUCCAGCCCUGCCGUGCGCUGCCACCCUGUCUCACGCAGUGGGGAGGGAUGGGGAGGAGCCCACCUUUCUCCACUCCAAGCCCCGCAGCCAGGAACGGGCCACCUGGUCCCGGGGAUUCCGAUUGGCAGCGAGGUCUGUCCCCCCAGGGUGUCAGGACGGGCGGGCGGGCGCGCGCGGGGCCUCCAGCUCUGCAGCCAUGGGGGAGUCUGGGGUCAGCUCAAGUCAGCCCUGUCCCCCCAUGAGCUCCCAGCCCUCACUCCCAGCAGCCGGGGGAGAUGCCAUCCCUGCCUCGUCCCGUGGGGAGGGUCGAGUCGGCCCUCAGCGUGGGGCAGGAGUCAGGCCCCCUCGGGGACCGUGGCCUUGGCCCACCCCCUGUGGGGCCCACCACCAGCCUUCUGGAGCGUUCCUGGGGGGAGCCAGAACCCCACCCCCAGAAUGUGAGGCAGCACCUCCCCGGGGGGCCCCCCGGCCCGGCCCCACGGUCCUGCUCUCCGAGCGUGGGGAGGCGGCAGGACCGCGCCCUGCAGCACAGCCUGGGGGCCUCCAGUGAUGAGCGCUCUGAAGGGGCGUGGGGCCCCGGGGGCAGGCAGGCUGGUGGGCAUGGGACAGACGGAGCACAGGCCGUGUGGCCGCCCUGUACUUGAAUGUACUGCGUAUUUAUUCCUCACACGUGUUUGCAAUGUUGUCGGUAGGUCCUUUCAGACCCAAGAGGUACAUUGUUUUUCUGUUUUUUCCCAAAAAAUAAAGUCUGCCAAGUGAACA